CUACAUUCAUGUAAUGGUCACUCCACUCGCAUUGACUGUAGCAGCAGUUCAUCCUUCUUAUCUUCAAGAUGUCUGGGGUUUGUGCUCUAGUGUGCGGUGUGUUGUCAAUACUGGUAUUAUCAGUGUCCGCUCAACCUGGUUCCCCUGGCUCUGGUUAUGCUGGCUUGGGAAGUAUCUUCAGUGGAAGCCAGGCACGAGGGACGCCAGCAGCAGGAAGUGCUAACCUAUUGCACCCUGAUCAACAGAGGCCCUCUCAAACUGGCUCCAGCCAGGGUGCUGGAAUUAGACGACCCCUUCCAGGCGCCGGUUCUUCUGAUGGCUCCAGUCACGCUGGCACUGGAAGCAGCGGUCCAGUGACUGGUUCCAGCCUCGGAGGCGGUGACAGAUCUGGUCAGGCUGGCAGCGGACCACGGGUUUCUUCAGCCAGCAGCGGUCCUGUGGUAGGAUCUGGUCAGCCCGUUGAUACUAAUCAGGGAUUAGGUGCAGGACCGCGCGUCACUGCGGGCAGCAGUAGCGGUCCGGCAUCUUACGCUGGUCAAAGGUAUGGCAGCCCUCAGGUCAGCAGGGUGGACGCAGUCUUCCACCCCACUGUCACCCAGCUUGUCACCGUCGACCGCUUCGUCACCCUGACUGACCAAGCUUUCCAGAGCGUGGCUGUCACCCUAACUUCCCUCACCGUCCAGACUGUCACCACAGGAACGCGUGGAGUGCUGCAGACGCCCGUGGAUGACCGCGUCGCCCUCCAGACAACGGUACUCUACAAAACUUCUACACUAACAGUCACGCACGUACAGUCAGACUUUAGGAUUGUGACUGAAAGGUCUUUAGACUACGUGACCAUCGCCCACACUUCAUACAUCAUCGUGCAGACUACCUACACCACCACAGCCACCCAGGUGUUGUCGUACACCACAACGCUGGUGCGGACCAACAUAAACACGAAGAGCACAGCGUUCACCGACUACCGCACCAUCACCGACACGGUCCUCGUCCCUGGAGGCUACUAUGGUUUCAGACAGUCUUAAGACUUCAAAGAAUGCUUCAUAAACUGUAAUAUUAGACCCAAUAAAGUGCUUUAAAGAAG